AUGAAUCAAAAGCAACAUAUCAAAGUGGCUCUAUCUAAGCAAUCAGAUCAAGUUAGGACUGAAUACCAAACUCGCUUGACUACAUCCAUUGUUAGCAUUAGAUUUCUUUUGUGUCAAUGGUUGGUAUUUCGUGGUCAUGAUGAAACAAAAGACUCGAAGAACCAAGGUAACUUUCUCAGACUUCUUCAUUUUCUAGCUCAAGAUAAUGAACAUUUUAAGAGUGUUGUUUUGAAGAAUGCACUUGGGAAUCUUAAAUUGUUAGCACCAGUGAUUCAAAAAGAUAUUGUGAAUGUUACGGCAAAUGAAACCACAAAAGCUAUCAUUAGUGAUCUCAGAGAUGACAUAUUUUCAGUUUUGAUUGAUGAGUCUCGUGAUUUGUCAAUUAAAGCACAAAUGGCUAUUGCCAUACGUUAUGUAGAUAAAAAGGGUCAUGUACUUGAGCGAUUUCUUGGCAUUGUACAUGUUAGUGACACAACUACAGUAUCGCUUAAGAUGGCUCUUGAGUCAUUAUUUUGUUAUCAUGGAUUUAUUUUGUCAAGAUUACAUGGACAAGGUUAUGAUGGGUUGACACUAGUAGCCGUUGCAAAAAAUCACAUUUCUGUUGCUUCGUUUUUCGACUUGGUUACUAAUUUGAUAAAUGUUGUUGGAGGUUCAUGCAAGCGUCGAGACAUGCUUCGGGAGAGACAAGUUAAUAAACUUGUUGAACCACUAGAAAUUGGUGAAGUUAGCAAGAGACGAGGUUUGAAUCAAGAGACACGUCUAAAACGAGCUGGUGAUACACGUUAG